GACGCGUGCACACGGAGAACCUCAACUUCCAACUUGUCCUCAACAUCUUCCCUUUCCUCGUUUCGCUCCCCACACUUUGUGGUUUUCGGUCACUCGUCUAGCUCUAACGGUGGUCAUGCGCUUGGAUCGCUGAAGGAGACUGGAGGAUUUGGAACAUUUGAGUGUGUAUUGAAAGUUUGGAACCAACCUGUCUACUGCGCUCGUCCGAGUAAGUACUUGGUUAUUUAUAUCGGUCCUUCAUAGAUUGAUAUGGUACCCACUGGUCCUUAAUUUCGAUGUCCCUUCCCUGAAGAUAUCAGAUCAUCUGCUUGUGAUAUUUGAUUGGGAUUAUCAGAUCUGGCUGAUCAUACCUCGUGGACAAUCAUGGGGAUGCUAACGUUCGCUCGCUUUCUUACUAGACCCUAUCCUCACUACCGUGACGGCCCGACGAUAUUCUCUUUCCAACAGAAACUCAUCAUGGAGGACGGCGCCUCCUACUCGACUGGUGACUCGCCUGAUCUCCAGGCGAUCCCAAGUGAUGACAUGCUGUCGGACUUGGACGAUGUUGUAGGAUCCUCUGAUAGCUUUUAUUCGCCAUCUGGCACACCAAGAAGGCCUUCCUUCUCUUAUCAGGAUGAUUGGGAGACUUUCCCCCCAUUGGAUAAGUUAACUGUCUUCGACUUGCUCGACAACUUUUCACUGUCCCAAAAGCUCGAAAAGUUACAGCAUACCAUUAAUAUGCAGAAAGAAAAGAUGAAAAAACAACGGGAGAAGUUGAAGUACACCUCCGCAACCGCAAAGGAUCGCGUGGUGGGAGAAUGGAAAAGGCGAGUCCCUACUGCGGACGAGCAGCUUGACAAGUAUCGCCGCCGUAUGAAGGUCGGUGUUGAGCGCCUGGGAAAGCAGUGGAACGCAACCGCGACCGUUACACUACGUGAGAAGAUCUCGUUUAUUGCCGGUGUCCUCAACAUUUUCUUCAGUGGCUAUCUCAUUGGCGCCCAUCCGGAGUCUUUCUAUAUCUGGUUCACCAUACAGCUGGCCUACUUCAUGCCGAUUCGAUACUAUAGAUAUCACGCGAAAGGCUAUCAUUACUUUUUGGCUGACCUGUGUUAUUUCGUCAACCUGUUAUGCAUGUUGAGUAUUUGGGCCUUCCCGAAUUCCAAGAGACUUUUCAUUAGCGCGUACUGUUUGACUUUCGGAAACAACGCUGUCGCGAUCGCUAUGUGGCGAAACUCCCUUGUAUUUCAUAGUAUGGACAAGGUUGUGAGUCUGUUCAUUCAUAUUAUGCCACCAGCAGCCUGGCAUUGUAUUGUUCACUUGACUUCUGCGGAGACCUUGAAGGAGAGGUUCCCUGCGAUCUAUGACAUCAAGUUCAGUGAGCCUGGGUCACCGGACCACUUUUCGCUCCUGUCUAUGAUGGUCUGGGCGACGGUACCCUACACGAUAUGGCAGUUAUCCUAUCAUUGCUUCAUCACCGUGCGGCGUGCCGAGCAGAUUGCCGCAGGACGCCCGACUAGCUUUACAUGGCUCCGCAAAUCGUAUGCGAAGGCUUGGAUUGGGAAAAUAGUUUUAAGCCUACCCGAAUCGUUACAGGCUCCUGCCUUUAUGCUGAUCCAAUACUUCUAUGCGAUUUUGACGAUGAUUCCAUGUCCGCUCUGGCUAUGGUCCCGCUGGGCUAGUGGGCUAUUCCUGACUGCGCUUUUCAUUUUGAGCAUCCACAACGGCGCAACAUAUUACAUUGAUGUUUUUGGCAAGCGAUUCCAGAAAGAACUAGAAGCGUUGAAAAAGGAUGUCGCACGGUGGCAGUCUUCUCCUGAAGGCACAGCUAGCCCGACUAUUUUGACAUCAGACAGCGCUGUUGCCACUGGGACGCACAUCUUGGAUGAUUCUAAAGGCACCGCAAAGAAUGGAGGAUCCGACAAGGCAAGCAUUGAUAAAAUUCCUCUGCUUGACUCUAGCGUGACGGCGAGCGGCAUAGAAGAGGCUGCUUCCGGUUCCCCGUCAGUGCGAGGGAGGAAAUAGGUGGACUCGAAGUCAUGCAAUUUUGACUUAAUGAUACCCAACUUCCUGGUCAGUCGUUCUCUGUCAUGAUGUUUCACGACAUACACGCUAUUCAUAUAUAUAUCCGCUCUUGUUUAGUAGCUGAAACCGUAAGUGUUUGUCUUUUUUGUUAUGUACUGCCAUAGAGUGCCGAAUAAUAUUGUUUUCUGUCUAUCUUCAAGUUCCUCUAUUUUUU